AUUGAAAUUGCCACUUGUCAAAAAAACUUUGUAUUUUGCUACGUGUAGAAAUGUUUGGAAAUCGGUGAUUUCCUUGCUCCUUUUUCCGAAAAAUUGGUCAUUUUGGCCGGAACAUUCGUCAAUUAUAACCAUAUAUCAAAAUGCCCAAGUUUCGCAAUGUAUUCCUUAUUUGGCUGGUCGUAGGGGCAUUGGCAGACGAACACAACCAUAUAUAUGAGGACAAUGAAGAAGUUGUACUAUGGAUGAACACAGUAGGGCCCUACCAUAACCGGCAGGAGACAUAUGCCUAUUUUUCCUUACCUUUUUGCAUGGGAUCUAAGGAAACAAUCAGUCAUUACCAUGAGACACUUAGCGAAGCCCUUCAAGGGGUCGAGUUAGAGUUCAGUGGCAUUGAAAUUGAAUUUAAGAGCAAUGUGCCGAAAACUGAAUACUGUGCUGUGCAACUAAAUGAGGAAAAAUAUAAAGCUUUUGUUUAUGCAGUAAAAAACCAUUACUGGUACCAAAUGUAUAUAGAUGACCUGCCAAUUUGGGGUGUAGUAGGAGAAGUGAAGGAUAAUAACUAUUAUAUCUGGACCCAUAAGAAGUUUGAAAUAGGUUAUAAUGGUAAGCAAAUAAUUGAUGUAAACCUAACAUCUGAAGAUAAAGUUGAGCUAAACCCAUCUAAAAAACUAAGUUUUACUUAUGAAGUGACUUGGAAGAAAACUGAAACCAAAUUUGAGGAUAGGUUUGAUAAGUAUCUGGAUCACAAUUUUUUCCAACACAGAAUCCACUGGUUUAGCAUCUUUAACAGUUUCAUGAUGGUUAUCUUCCUAGUGGGCUUAGUGUCUAUGAUCUUAAUGAGAACAUUGAGAAAAGAUUAUGCCAGAUAUAGCAAAGAUGAUGAUGUGGAUGAUAUGGAAAGGGAUUUGGGAGAUGAAUAUGGUUGGAAGCAAGUGCAUGGAGAUGUCUUUAGGCCUGCCUCAAAUCCAUUGUUGUUCUCUGCUUUGAUUGGUGCUGGCCAUCAAUUGACUACAGUAGUUUUAUCAGUCAUUAUAUUCGCCAUAUUGGGAGAACUUUACACUGAGAGAGGAAUGCUAUUAUCCACAGCAAUAUUUGUUUAUGCAGUCACUGGGCCCAUAAAUGGUUAUUUUGGUGGCUCUCUAUAUGCUAGGAUGGGUGGAAAAUUGUGGAUAAGGCAAAUGGUCGCGUCAGCCUUUAUGUUGCCCGUAUUCGUUUGUGGCACGGCUUUUUUCAUUAACUUUAUUGCCAUGUAUUAUCAUGCCUCAAGGGCAAUUCCUUUUGAAACAAUGAUUGCUGUAGUAUGCAUCUGCAUCUUCGUCAUAUUACCGUUGACUUUGGUAGGUACAGUUUUGGGAAGAAAUUUGGCAGGACAACCGGACUAUCCUUGCAGAAUCAAUGCGGUACCAAGACCGAUUCCAGAAAAGAAAUGGUUCAUGGAACCCGGAGUGAUCAUUUUGCUCGGAGGCGUUUUGCCUUUCGCAAGUAUUUUCAUUGAAAUGUACUUUAUUUUUACGUCAUUUUGGGCUUAUAAAAUCUACUACGUCUACGGAUUCAUGCUGCUGGUAUUUUUGAUACUGAUCGUGGUCACUAUUUGCGUUACAAUAGUUUGCACCUAUUUCCUGUUGAAUGCGGAGGAUUAUCGUUGGCAGUGGACCAGUUUCUUGGCGGCAGCUUCUACUUCUGCUUACGUCUACGUUUAUGCCAUUUAUUAUUUCUUCUUCAAGACAAAGAUGUACGGUUUGUUCCAAACAACAUUCUACUUCGGCUACAUGGCCCUGUUCAGCGGGGUGCUGGGAUUGAUCUGCGGAACCGUCGGCUACAUAGGAACCAGCAUAUUCGUAAGAAAAAUCUAUUCAACCGUUAAGAUUGACUGAAAAACCUCUUUAGUACGGCCGUUAUUCGUUCAGUUUUACGUGCGCCAAUUAGGAGAACGUCGUCAUUUACGGGCCUAAAGAAGGUAAUAAUAAAUAUAUAGGGGCGAGUCCCUCGGGAGGAGGGAAAAACUUACGUUUUUGAGUUUUAAUGUAAAUAUCUGUUUAUAUAUUAUUGUGAUUUUAAAUUGGACGGUGUGAGAGAGGUUUUUUCUAUAAAUUACGAUUUUUUCUUUAUAGGAUUUAACAUGAAUAAAAUUAUGUUAGAAAAGUAUUUCCGAUAUUUCUUUGGUAAUUUAUUAGAUUGAUAAGUGUCUUGCUGUUAAAUUGAGGCCAGUUUUAGGGUUAACCACUUCUUGCUGUGUCAUCACUAAGGUCUGGAUGUUUGCUAUAGCGUACAUAGUACAUACACUGUUUGACCCGAAAUUAAUUAUUGUUUUUAAUACGUUUUGCAAUAAGUUAUUGUUAGUCGAUAUGUAUAAGUGUAAAGUUAUUAAUAAAUUGAUUUUAAGUUUUAUAA